AUGUCGUCGAACCCGCAGCACGUGGUGGACACGGAGGACGCAGCGGAGCUCAACCUGGGCGACGACUUCCGCAACGAGACGUGUCUGUCUAACGCCGAGGUGGCUGUUAUCCUUGAGAAGCAGAAGUCCGAUUACGAAACGCAGGAGAAGCAGCUCACCAAUGUGUUCCAGAAGACGUAUUCGUACGUACAGCGCUUCAGUGGUACCAAGGACCCUGUGGCCAACCAAGCUUCGGUCACCGAGCUCCGCGAAGCACUAAUGUCGCUGGCGUUCCAGCGCGAGGCGGACGGCGAAACCGUUGAGUACCGACUCGAGGAGUUUGAGAUUGCGUGUCUGUCUAAUCUGAACCCUGAAGAGGUGGAAGAGGCCGUAGCUCUCAUCCCCAGUCUUCACAAGCGCUUCGCCGAGGAUGAGAUUGAAGAAAUCCUGGGCAUUGUGUCUCGUACGGCGGCUCGCAUGUUCGGCUAA